UCUUUGUGAUUAUUUUCAGGGCUGCUGCUUGCGGCGUUGUUUGUCAGCUUCUCUUCCCUCUGUCAUGCGGGCCCCGUGUGUUAUAUGUGCUCUGACGUCAGCGAGCCUGGCAGUUGUCAAACUCUACAAAGGUGUGCCGAUGACGAGGUAUGUUUCUCGGAAAAGAGACUUACCGGAGAUUUGCAAGAAAAAUUUACCUUCAGUUGUGAAAAGACAAUGGCUUGCGAUAUAGGGAGUAAAUUCGCCACUUCGCUGGUGGGCAAGAAAAGAAACGUGAAAGUUCUCCCUGAGGUGGACAGGUCAAGGAGGGAAGUCACCAUGUGCAGCAUGUGUUGUCGGGAGAGCUACUGCAACAAGGGAAUAUGUACAACAGGAGAUAACAAGCCCAUACCUGCAACCCAGGAGGUCUAUGUUCGGCUGAUUACCCAGGGCAGCGCGUAUGAAGGAACGGUGCAAGUCUACCACAACGGCAUGUGGGGCUCCAUCUGUGAUGACCACUGGACCAACAUGGACGCCCAGGUUGUGUGCAGAAUGCUGGGUUAUAGCCCGGUUGGAGCCGUGGGAAUGCAGGGAGGUGUCUACACAAACAGUAGCGGCAGGAUCUGGUUGGACGAAGUGACCUGUAACGGACAAGAGGCCAGCUUGGCUCAGUGCACCAAAAACGCCUGGGGCAUCAGCGACUGCACCCACUCUGAGGAUGCUGGGGUCGUCUGCAGCUCUGUAACGGUCGAAGAUGACAUCAUAUUUCUCCUUGACGUGGGUCUCGGCGGUUUGAUGAUGCGCAUGAACCUGAUGACCCAGAGCUUCGUCCCACUUCCGCAGCUCAAGAUCUACACACCUACGUCGUUUGACUACGACCCCGAGUUCGGUCGCCUGUACUUCGUGGAUCCCGGCCUCCGCCAGAUCGUCAGCAUCCGGUUUGAUGGGGAAGACCCCAGAGAAGUGAGACAGCUUGACAUAAACGCAAAUUUAGAAAAGAUCGAACUGGACCUGAACCGCAAGUUGUUCUACACGGACACAGGAAAUGACAUCAUUGCUAUGAUGAACCUGGACGGUUCAGACUUCAGAAUUAUCGUGAACUCAAACCUGGAUGAGCCGAGGGACAUUGCACUUGACCCUCGAACUAAGAAAAUCUACUGGACUGACUGGGGAAGAAACCCCAAAAUAGAGCGAGCUAACUACGAUGGUUCUGGAAGGACAAUUCUGGUUAAUACCGGCAUCAAGUGGCCCAAUGGAAUCGCCAUUGAUUACAAAGAAAACAAAAUAUAUUUCGCGGACGGAGGGCUCAACAGGAUCGAGUCAAUGGGUCUCAACGGCGAAGACCGACGAGUGUUGAGAGACGAAGGCGCGCACUUCUACGCCAUCUCGGUCUUCGAAAACUUCAUCUACUACACCGACUGGAAUGAGAACACCGUGAUGAGGGUGAACAAGGACGGAACUGGAAGGACAAACGUUGGACCCCCCAGCUUCCGGCAGCUGUCAGACAUCAGAAUCUACAGCUCAGCAGAGAAUCUUCCAGGUGUAACAGCAGCUACGCCGGUCGAGCUUGACCGUGAUCACGUAUUCGUGCGCCUCAAUUCCAACGGACAUCAGACGGCCACUUCCGGUUAUGUGGAGGUGUACGCUAACGGCGAAUACGGGACUAUUUGUGACGACAACUGGGAUGACAGGGAUGCGGCUGUCGUGUGUCGCAUGUUGGGGUUCAGCGAGUCGGGAGCCGUGGCUAUCACCAACGGGCGGUCCGGCCACGGGUCCUUCAUCAUCGCGAUGGACGAGGUCAACUGUCGGGGCACGGAGAGCCACCUGGUGGACUGCGGCAUCACGCGCGACAACUGGGCCCACCACGACUGUUCCCACAAUGAGGAUGCUGGUGUCAGCUGCACUGUGGACAACACCGUGAAUGACUUCCUACUGUUUACGGACUCCUCUACCUCCACUAAUGCCUUCAUCAACCGCAUGGACAUGACGACGUACAGCUACGUCGCGCUCCAGAUAAUGAAUGCCCCCAAUCCCGUAGCGCUGACCUUUAACCCAGCGGACAGACGAGUGUACUUCUCCAGUGUCCACCAGGUACCGGGCAGUCAGAUCUUCAGCUCACUGCUGGACGCCACGGGGCAGAGGAUGGUGAAGCAAAUGCCUCUAGGGUCAGUGAUAGAUGGACUGGCGGUUGAUAGUCAUAUGGGAAAACUGUAUUACACGGACACCGGACGUGACGUCAUAGCUUCAUGUAACCUAGACGGAAGUAACGAGCAGAUCAUUGUGAGCAGUCAACUCGAUGAGCCACGUGCCAUUGUGCUCGACACAGAAAACAGAAUAAUGUACUGGACUGAUUGGGGCUCGUCACCAAAGAUCGAGAGGGCCAACUUUGAUGGGUCCGGUAGACGCGUUCUCGUGUCCACAAACCUUAAGUGGCCAAAUGGUUUGGUCCUGGACAAGACCAAUGGUCUUCUGUAUUUCUGCGAUGCUGGCACUCAUCUCAUCGAGUCUAUGGACACCAACGGUCAGCACAGAAACGUUCUGUUUUCUGACUUCGGUGCUCGCUUUUUUGGACUGGCUGCGUCCAGACACCAUAUUUACUACAGCGACUGGAACCGCAUAACCCCGAUGCGCAUCAACAAAGAUGGCAGCAAUCAGAUGCCGGUGGGACCUGACAGCUUUAGUCGCAUCGGAGCCAUCGCUGUGUCAGAAAGUUGAAGCAGAUCCUAAUCACAUCUUUUGUUUCUACUUCACUCUGAUGUGGCUCAAGAUGCGAGCAAGAUUUCUUCGCUCGUGAAUUUCGUUGGCUAUGGACUGAACAAAGUCUUUUUUAUUUUGUAUAAUUUGUUGUAAAAAAAAAAUUAGUUUGAUUUAGUGCUCUUCCAGGAAUACCUGAAUUCUUCGUUAGUUUAUGGGAUAUAAUGAACUUGGGCAACGAAAACCCCUUGAAAUUUUGAGAAUAAAUCAUUGCAGCAAUCA